AACAAAUAAAAUACUUAUCAUAUUUUAUAUUUUUCAUAUAUGUAUGUAUAGUUAAUUUUUUAGAAGUACAAAAUAUAACAAUAAAACUAAAUUUGUAUAUUAUUAAAUAGAAAAUUAAUUAGUUUUUUUCAUUUGAUAUACAUACUUUGAAUUGCAGAAAUGGUUAACAAGGAAGAAACGGAUUUGCUCGCAAAAAAUCAGUUUCAAAAUGGAUCAAGCGAGAGAUCUCCAUUUUUAGCAGAACCUGUUCGGUUGACACCAGCUUGGGAAGCAAAUAAUUUGCCAAAUGACGAAUUAAAUUUUAAAAGUAUGACAAUGGAGCGAGUGAGAAUGGAAAUGAGCCCGCCAGUUGAUAGAUGGAAAUUAGUAUUUUUAACGUUUGUUUUACAUGGUCUUGGAACUCUUAUGCCUUGGAAUAUGUUUAUAACAGCAAAAAGUUAUUUUGUGGAUUUUAAAUUGGGACCAGAAUAUACUGGGAUGUCCGGAGAUAACUUAGAAUAUGCAAAAUAUUUUAUGAAUUACGUUGGGUUUGCUGCGCAAAUUCCAAAUUUAUUAUUUAAUUGGUUAAAUAUUUUUGUAAAAAUCGGUGGAAAUUUGACGACAAGAAUUGUUUGGAGUAUUUUUAUCGAAAUUGUUAUAUUUAUUAUAACUGUUGUUUUAGCAAUGUCAGAUUCGUCUAAUUGGCCAGCUCAAUUUUUCUGGGUUACUAUGAUAAGUGUUGUUAUUUUAAAUAUGGCUAAUGGUAUUUAUCAAAAUACUGUGUAUGGGAUGGCUGCAACUUUACCUUUUAAAUAUACGGGAGCUGUUGUAUUGGGAUCAAAUGUUAGUGGUUUAUUUACUACAAUCAUAAGCAUAAUUAGUACUGAAUUCGCUUCAUCAGAUCGAACUGCUGCUAUUUACUACUUCAUUACGGCAAUGUUUGUACUUUUAGUCUGUUUUGAUACUUAUUUUGCCUUACCAUUAAAUAGGUUCUUUAAAUAUCAUGAAAUGUUAAAUGAAAAAGAGGCUGAAAAAGAAACCAAAUCUGCUAGCAAUGAUGUACCAUAUGGGCAAGUUUUCAGAAAAAGUUUUCCUCAACUUUUUAAUGUGUUCUUCGUAUUUUUUGUGACUUUAUCAGUGUUUCCGGCUGUUCAUUCUGACAUUAAACUCAAUCUCGAUGAUUCUACAUGGUUUCCAGUUCCUGAAAAAUAUUUUGUAUCUAUAACUUGCUUUUUAACUUUUAAUCUCUUUGCUAUGCUUGGAAGUUUGGCAACAUCUUGGGUUAAUUGGCCAAAACCGAAAUAUUUGGUAUGGCCCGUCGUUUUGAGAGUGGUUUUUAUGCCACUAUUUUUAUUAUGCAACUAUCAUCCUCUUAAUACAGAACGUGCUUUACCAGUUCUUAUUACGAGUAAUUGGGCAUAUUGGGUUAUUGCUAUAAUUAUGUCAUUUUCAUCUGGUUAUUUAAGCUCAUUGGGUAUGAUGUAUGCCCCUCAAACAGUUACACCAAAAUAUGCUUCUACUGCCGGAAUGUUUGCUGCCGCAAUGCUCAUAACGGGAAUAUUUAGUGGAAUCGCGUUUUCUACAUUGUUUCCACUAUUAGUAAACGUAAUUGGUUGGUAGAUAAUAAGACUUAGCAUUUAGUAUUUAAGAUUGUUUUUUUUAUACAUAAAUAGUUUUUUCAUUUUUACGAAAGACUAAAAUUAAAUAUAAUAAAGUGUUUGCGCUUCAAUAAUAAUAAAACAAUAAUGAUAUUUACAAUAAAUUUAAAUAUUAUAUUAAAAUCAAUAAUUGAUUUAUUAUAUAAAUUAAAAAAUUAAAAAUAUUAUAGAAAUUUUUAUAGAACAAAAACUUUUUUACAUAAAAUAGCAAUGUUAUGUCAGAAGUACAAUCAUAAUAAUAAUAA